GCAUUGACCCCUUUUCCUAUGGAUGGGACUACGGAAGAGCGUUUGGAUGCUUUUAUCAAGAUAUCCGAGGCACAGCGCAAACUCAUUCAUAAUGUGAUGCCCAUUCUCACUCGCCACGGUUUGAACCCAUACCAGAAUUCAUCGCAAGAAGCUGGUGCUAGCUCUUUCACUGCCAACCAUUCACGGUCUGCAUCCUAUUCAGAUGCAGACCGUGGCGCCUUUGUCCACCAAAUGAAUCUUGAAUCCAAGCGAAAUACUGCUGCUACUUGUGAAUUGGAACAACGUUUGACAGAUGCAUUGAAAGAAUUGAAUGCGUUGCGGAUUGAAAAUGAGGAAUUGCGGAAGACGGACGGUGCACUUUCGUCAUCUAGAUUACCACCUCCUUGAUCUGAUGUCCUUGUGACAUGCUAGUAGACUUUGUACGCUCGCAUUUCCAAGUGAUUUUACACUUUUACCGACUAUUAAUUUAGCUGUUCAUUGAUACCAUUUUCCCGACAAUCUAUUUGCGUGAUAUCUUGCAUCAUUCUAUUUUAUUUUCCUGCCUCUUGCUUAUGAUGUACAAGUUUGAGGUUUGCUUCUGAUGCAACUUCACCUUUUAUUCAAGUUUGACUAGGAACUGAUCAUACUCUUUCAUUUUUCAUACGCAUGAUUCAGUAGUUGAUCCGUACUCCAAGUUUGCAAUUUUGUAAUGCAUUGCCAUACACAAACUUGCUCUUUUCCAAUAUAGUUUUAUUCAGCACAAGCG